AUGCGCAACCGGCUCCGGGUCACCUUCCCGCGUUCUGCGCAGGCGCGUUGCGGUGAGGCGGGGGGGGAAAGGGGGGGGGUGAAGGCGCGCGCGGCCCGCGCAGGCGCAGAGCGAGCGGCCGCCGUGAGGGGAGAAAAGCGGCGGCGGCGGCGGCAGCGCCGAGCGGGGACAGCGAAGGGACAGCGAGGGGACACCGGGGCCGCCAUGUACCGGCACGUCACCGCCACCGUCACCGCCGCCGUCCGCCUCCGGCCCGGCCGCGCCUGGGCUCCGGCAGCCGCGGCAGCGCCUCCUGGGCCGGCCCCGCCGCGCCGCCGCUACCGAGCGCGGCCGCAGGACCUGGAGCCCCCCCUGGUUCCGGGCCCGGCCCUGGCUCUGCUGCCCCCCCCGCGCUGCCCCCCCCGGCCCCCCGGGACCCCUCCCCGGGGGCUGCAGGGGCUCGGGGGGGCUCCGGUGACCACGGUGGACGGGAGGAGCCAGGACGACAUCGACGUCCGGGACCCGCCCCGGCCCGGCCCCUUCGGGGGGCGGCGGCUGCUGCUGGGCCCCGCCCCCAGCCCCGCCCCCUCCCCGGGGACCCCGCCCCCAAAGGGCAGCGGGGGGAGCCCCCCCCAGAGCCCCCCCCCGUCCAUGGAGGAGCACCUGGCCAGCAUGCACGAGAGGCUGCGGCACGAGCUCCCCAAUUUCUUCCUGAAGAUCCCGGACUAUGCCCUGUACGCCCCCGACGUGGAGUUCCAGUGCCAGCACCUGCACCUGCACACGCGGGGCCGGGCCAUGUACGCCGUGGCCGUGGCGCUGUGCCGGGCCCUGGCCUGGGGUUACUUUGCCAGCCUCAGGCUGGAGGUGCUGGCGCUGACGCGGCACCCGGAGGAUUGGAGCCUGCGGGCGCGGUGGCGCCUGACGGGGCUGCCCCUGCACCUGCUGCUGCUGCGCUGGUACCGCCGGGACAAACGGACACUGCUCAGGUCCUACGACGCCCUCUCCACCUUCUUCCUCAACCCCCAGGGGCUCAUCCGCUGCCACCGCGUGGACAAGCUGAUGCCAGCCCCCACGGCCGUCCCCGAGCCCAAGAAGCUGCUGGUGGCCGCGGCGCUGGCGGUGGCGCUGGCCCGGCCCUGAGGCCACCACGGAGGUGACAGCGACACCUGAGCGCCCCCCCCCCCCCUUUGUCACCUUUGUCACCUUUGUCCCCUCCCCUCCCUUAAAUUAAUGUACAGAAUAAAGGAGCAGCGGUGACACGGGGA